GCCUAGUAUCUAUGAGUGUUCUUGCUUCGGUUUUAGUGUUAACUAAUUUUUAUUCAUACACUUAGCAUUCUGUGAUGACUAUCUUUUUUAUGGUAUUUAACGUUCGUGUGUCUAAUCCUGGGUUUCCUUAAUUGCAUACAUGCGUACAAACUUUCCAAUUUGCAGCAUAUCACCACGCACCUUUUAAUGAAUUAUCGAGCUAAUUAGCUUAUCGUGAAUAACCCUGUAGAUGCUUGAUAACGUAAACGUUAACAACAAAUAUUUAAACAUACAUUUUAAUAGUCGACAAAUGAUGUCAACUGACCAUGGUUCGGAGGUUGAAAAAAUAGUUUGUGGUCCUAGUUAAUGUUUCUAUUGUGAAAAUGCACAGAGAAAAUAUUAAAUGGGAACCUAUUCCAUAUGAUCCUGAUUUCAAUGGUCCUUUAAGAAAAAGAUCAUGUACGGAUAUUCUUUGUCUAAUGAUAUUUUUGGUUUUCAUCGGCGCUUGGAUUGGAAUUGGAAUAUAUGCCUACACAAAUGGAAAUCCCUCAACUCUACUGGUUCCAAGGGAUACACUUGGAAGGCGAUGUGGCAGAGAUACUGAUGUCCUGAAUAAACCGUAUUUGCUCUUUCACGAUAUAACUAAAUGUUUGGAUCCAUCCACACCUUUCACUGGAUGCAAAACACCACAAGUUUGUGUUUCGUCAUGUCCAUCCGAAUUUAAGUAUUACCUGGAUCGUAAAACUAACGACUGCGGUGAAUAUCUUUUUGAGGGUACGGAUUGUCCACCAUAUGUGUUACCCAGUACAUCUCUACUCUUCCGUUGUGUGUAUAACAUCGAGGAUAGAAGAAAGCUAAGGAACAGGAAAAUCUCACAAAUAACAGGAGAUGAAAUUCAGCUCAUCAAAAAUUUUCUUCGGCCCUGGCAUCUUUAUUUAACUGUAUUUGUACACGGAGUGAUAUCACUUUUCAGUGAAGAUGACAAUCCACACGAGAUCGGCCAAAAUGUAAUUGAAGAUUUAAUCAAAUGUUGGUGGAAAAUUGCAAUAGGUGUUGUUAUUGCAUUGGUGGUGUGUUUAUUCUAUAUAUUUAUUCUGAGGUGGUUCGCAGGUCCUUUAGUAUGGCUUUCUAUUAUUGGUGUUGUCAUCGGAUUAGGUGCAGGAUUGUAUUUCUCAAUAGUCCAAUACAAGCAUGCUCUAAACGACCUCGCCGACAACGCCAAAACGCAAUACGAAGAAGAAAAGGAACUGCGCGAAAAACAAUUAAAAACAACCAAGGAUUUAUGGCUUACAUGCGUAGUAAUCGUAGCAAUUGUAUUAGUGGUGAUAUUGCUUAUACUUCUUGUUCUCCGAAAACGAAUCGUGCUUGCCAUAACUCUAAUCAAAGAAGGAAGCAAGGCCGUAGGAUCAGUGACAGCUGCAUUAUUCUUCCCCAUUUUACCAUGGAUUCUACAGUUUGGUGUGAUAGCGUAUUCUAUCGCAGUAGGUAUAUAUCUCGCAACUGUUGGUAAACCAUUAUACAAAACCAGAUAUUAUUCGAUGACCGAUUGUUAUAAAGUCACUGGGUUGGACGAUGAUGUUGUAUGUAAUCCAGAUGAUUGGAGUAAAAAUGAUUAUUCAAGGAAUCCAUUGUGUGGUUCCAAUGCCACUUGUAAAUUUAUAAGAAUGAAUAAUGAUGUGAUGUAUCCAUAUUUACAAGCUUACAACAUAUUCGCCUUCUUUUGGUUGUUAUGCUUUGUUAUUGCAUUGGGACAGAUGGUACUGGCAGGAGUUUUUGCUCAAUGGUACUGGACAUUUAAAAAAUCACGUUUGCCUUUCUUUGCGGUUACUUCAGCAUUCGCGAGAACCCUAAGGUACCACAUCGGCACUUUAGCGUUCGGAUCUUUGAUAAUAGCCAUUUGCAAGCUAAUCAGACUCUUCCUAGAAUACGUCGAUCAUAAAGUUAAAAAGUACGAUAAUGAUCUCACCAAAGCCAUCAUGUGCAUAUUCAAGUGCUUCUUCUACUGUCUCGAGAAAUUCCUACGUUUCCUUAACAAGAACGCUUACAUAAUGUGUUCCAUUCACGGCAAAAACUUUUGUGUCAGUGCCAAAGAUGCGUUUAUGCUGCUCAUGAGGAAUAUCCUGAGAGUCUGGGUGCUUGAUAAGAUUACGGACUUCCUUUUCUUCCUCAGUAAAGUUUUGCUGACGCUAGGAGUUGGAGCAGCAUCAUAUGUGUUCUUCGCCUCAGGGUUGCUUCCUACAAAAGUUAUCGACAACUCUGAUCUCCAUUACGGAAUCGUGCCGGUUGCAGUAAUUAUGAUUUGCACUUACUUCAUAUCAUCCUUGUUCUUCAAUGUUUACUCUAUGGCCGUGGACACGCUAUUUUUGUGCUUUUUGGAAGAUUGUGAAAGAAACGAUGGAUCUCCAGAAAAACCUUACUACAUGUCCAAGAGUCUAAUGAAAAUAUUUGGAAAGAAGAACAAAAUAGAUUAAAUUAAUUGUAAGGCAGUAUUUACAAUUUUACCUGUAAGAAUAUCUGUGAUAUAAGUAAAUACAGUAGAUACGAACCUUUAGACUAUGACGAAUGCCAAAAAAGAUAAAAUUGAAAAGAUUAAUCAAAUGUAUAAUAUAUUUUAGAGUGUGUAAUUGUAAUGUUUUUAAAAAAUGUAUUUUAUAUUGUUA